AUGGCCUACAUCGCCCCAAUCCACCGGCCAAGCAGCGUCGACCAUGCCCUGCUCGCCAAUGUCUAUUCAGAAGAGGAGCAGAGCUUGGUUCUCUCACGAACAAACCGAGUAGAAGUCUGGCGCCCCUCCCCCGACGGCCUCCUCUCCCAAGCCCACACCACCAACGUCAACGGCACCAUCGCCAUGCUCCAAAAACUCCGACCAAAAGACGCCGAAACAGACCUCUUAUUUGUCGGAACCGACCGCUUCGAGUACUUCACCCUCUACUGGAACCCGGAAACGUCCCAAAUGGAAACCACGAAUGCGACCCGCGACCCCGGAGAGCACUUUAUGCGCAACUCGCAGUCCCUCGACAGAGCGAUUGUCGACCCGUCAGGACGGUUCAUCGCCAUGCACCUAUGGGAAGGCGUCAUGACGAUCGCCCGCCUCGGCACCCGCAAGACAAACGCGGCGCAGCUGGACUGGAUGGGACAGAUCAGGCUGGCGGAACUGUUUAUCAAGGCCUCGACUUUUUUGCAUAACGAGACGGGACACCCGACGGUUGCUUUUCUAUACCAGACUAGCGCUAAUGCGCAGGAUUCGAAGCUGGCGACGUACCGGCUUACGUCUGACGACAGGAACACGGUGGCCAGCGAGUUCAACGCGCAGAAACACAGGAUCAUUGAUAUCACGAUUGCGGAUGCGGGGGCGAAUAUGUUGAUUCCCGUGAGGAAGGUGGAGGAGGAAGUGAAGAGGCACAACUUUCGCAAUACGGGAUCGGCUAAGCCGCAUCUUGGGGGGGUUAUUGUGGUGGGGGAGACGAGACUGCUCUAUAUUGACGACGUGACAAAGGCGACGGUGGAAUCGAAGCUUGACAAGGCGAGCAUUUUUGUCAAGUGGGCCGAGUACAAUGUUCAGACGUAUUUCCUUGCGGAUGACUACGGCUCGUUGCACUUGUUGACGAUCAACACGGACGGGGCGGAGGUGAAGGGGAUGGUCUUGACCAAGAUUGGGGUCACGAGCAGGGCGAGCGAGCUGGUUUAUCUGGGGAAUGAGAUGCUGUUUGUGGCGAGUCACCAUGGGGAUUCGCGGCUGUUUCAGCUUGACUUGAGCGCGGAUAAGCCGGCGGACAAACCUUUCCUGACGCUGAUCCAGACGAUAUCGAAUAUUGGGCCGAUUAUGGACUUUGCGGUGAUGGACAUGGGGAAUAGAGGGGGGGAGGAUAGCCAGUUGGGGAAUGAGUACUCUUCGGGGCAGGCGAGGAUUGUUUGUGGGAGCGGGGUUUACAAGGAUGGGUCGUUGAGGAGUGUGAGGAGCGGCGUUGGGCUGGAGGAUGUGGGGUUGUUGUUGGAGGAUCUUGGGCAGCAUGUGAGGGGGGUGUUCUCGCUGAGGGGGGCGGUUGGGGAGGGGAAGAUGGAUACGCUUGCUGUGAGCUUUUUGACCGAGACGAGGGUUUUCAAGUUUGACUCUGAGGGUGGGGUGGAAGAGGUGGGGGACUUUAUGGGUUUUGGGUUGGAUUGCCAGACGUUGUUGGCGAGGAAUCUUGGGGGUGGGAUGAUUUUGCAGGUUACGACGAGGGGGGUUGUAUUGAUCGAUGCUGAGAGUGGGGUUACGGUGGCGACGUGGGUGCCUCGGGAUGAGAACACCAUCAUCAAUGCUUCUGCGAACGGGGAGUGGCUGUUGUUGUCGGUGGAAGGGACGGGGCUGGUGUCGAUCAGUACUGCUGGGAACGAGCUGCGGUUGGUGAAGGAGAAGGAUAUUAGCCAGCAGGAUCAGGUUGCUUGCAUACAUGUUGCGCCGCAGUUACAAGGGAUCGGUGUGGUUGGGUUUUGGACGUCAGGGACGGUGUCGAUUAUUGACUUGAACACACUUGAGCCAAUGCAUGGGGAGUCACUACGGCAGAGCCAGGACGACGCGUCGAUACCUCGGGAGGUGGUGCUUGUUCAGGUGGCUUCGCCUAAGGUGUCGGGGCCAACGCUCUUCAUCGCCAUGGAGGAUGGCCAUGUUGUCACGUUCAACAUCUCGGCCGAUUUUGAGUUUUCGGGGAAGAAACAGGUUAUCCUGGGUACACGGCAAGCCAGGCUUCACCUCCUCCCGCAAGACAACGACAGCAUCUACAGCAUCCUGGCCACGACGGAGCACCCAAGCUUGAUCUACGGCGAAGAGAACAGGAUAGUAUACUCGGCUGUCACCGCAGAGGAGGCCAUGUUCAUUUGUCCUUUUGAUACAGAGGCAUUCCCCGAUUCGAUCAUUGUGGCGACGGACACACAGAUCAAGAUCUCCAAGAUCGACCGCACGAGACGAACACACGUUCGCGAGUUGCCCAUGGGCGAGAUGGUUCGUAGGAUCGCCUACUCGCCAAAGGAAAAGGUGUUUGGUCUGGGUUGUAUCAAGCGGUCGUUGGUGGACGGGGAUGAGGUUGUCCAGAGCUCGUUUAGGCUGGUGGAUGAGGUUAUUUUCCAGCCUGUCGGUAAGACUUUUCAACUUGAGAGGACAAAUUACGUGGAGCUGGUUGAGGCGGUUGUCAGGGCUGAGCUUCCAGACUCGUAUGGGAAUCCUGCCGAACGGUUUAUUGUCGGGACGAGCUUCUUGCCUGACCCGGAUUAUGCCAUGACUGGUGAACACCGAGGGAGGAUUUUGGUGUUUGGUAUUGAUGAUAACAAGGACCCCUACUUAAUCCUGAGCCACCUUACCAAGGGUGUGUGCAGGUGUCUGGAAGUCUUGGACGGGAAUAAGAUUGUGGCUGGGCUGGCCAAGACGGUGGCGAUUGCGAGAUAUGACGAGACUUCUACGACGACGGCGACGUUAACGAGGCUGGCUUCGUACAAGCCGUCGACGCAUCCGAUUCAGAUUGCGGCGCAGGGAAAUAUCAUCGGGGUGGCGGACGUGAUGAAGAGUAUGACGCUGGUUGAGUACAUGCCUGGUGACAAGGAUAGGCUGGUGGAGGUGGCCAGGCAUUGGCAGUCGGCUGCGGGCACGGCGCUGUGUCAUGUUGAUGGGGAUGACUGGCUGGAGGCGGAUGAUCAGGGGAACCUGAUGAUGUUGAGGAGGAAUGCGGAUGCGGUGGUGAUGGAGGAUAGGAAGAUUAUGAGCGUGACGGCGGAGAUGAAUUUGGGGGAGAUGGUGAACAGGAUCAGGGCGGUGAGGGUUGAGACGAGUAGGGGGGCGAUGGUGGUGCCGAGGGCGUUUUUGGGGACGGUCAAUGGCGGUAUAUACAUGUUCGGCACCGUUGCGCCCGAGGCUCAGGACUUGCUAUUACGAUUCCAGGAAAAGCUGGCGAGAGUUGUACACACGGCGGGGGAGAUCGAGUUCAACUGCUACAGGGCGUUUAGAAAUGCAGAAAGGGAGGGGAGCGAGCCGGUUAGAUUCUUAGACGGGGAGCUAUUAGAGCGGUUUCUAGACCAGGACGAGGCAACGCAGAGGGAGAUUUGUGAGGGUUUGGGGCCGAGUUUAGAGCACAUGAGGAAUGUUGUGGAGGAGUUGAGGCGGAUGCACUGA